AUGGUUGCCGUCGCCACUAUGCCCGCCCCCAUCGGGGAGCCCCAGAAGCUGGAGAAGAAGCCCGUCAAGUUCUCCAACCUGCUCUUGGGCGCCGGUCUCAACAUGUUCGAGGUCACCACCCUUGGUCAGCCGCUCGAGGUCAUCAAGACCACCAUGGCCGCCAACCGUGGCGACGGCUUUGGCUCUGCCCUGGGCCGAAUUUGGGGACGUGGAGGUGUCCUUGGCUUCUACCAGGGUCUUAUUCCCUGGGCCUGGAUUGAAGCUUCCACCAAGGGCGCCGUCCUGCUGUUCGUUGCCUCCGAAGCCGAGUUCUACGCCCGCAAUGCUGGUGCUUCCCAGUUCGGUGGUGGUAUCAUCGGUGGUAUCACGGGUGGUGUCGCCCAGGCUUAUGCCACCAUGGGUUUCUGCACUUGCAUGAAGACGGUCGAAAUCACCAAGCACAAGAUGGCUGCCUCGGGCGUCAAGCCCCCCAGCACCUUCGCCACAUUCAUGGACAUCUACCGCAAGGAGGGCAUCAAGGGCAUCAACAAGGGUGUCAACGCUGUUGCCAUCCGUCAGAUGACCAACUGGGGUUCCCGUUUCGGCCUCUCCCGUCUGGCUGAGCAGAGUAUCCGCGACUUGACCGGCAAGAAGAACGGCGAGAAGCUCGGUGCCUGGGAGAAGAUCCUUGCGUCCAGUAUCGGUGGUGGUCUGUCCGCCUGGAACCAGCCCAUCGAGGUCAUCCGUGUUGAGAUGCAGUCUAAGAAGGAGGAUCCCAACCGUCCCAAGAAGAUGACGGUCGGUAACACUUUCCGCUACAUUUACGCUAACAACGGUAUCUCCGGCCUUUACCGUGGUGUGGCCCCCCGUAUCGGUCUUGGCGUUUGGCAGACGGUUUGCAUGGUUGCUUUGGGUGAUAUGGCGAAGACUUACGUCGAGAAGAUCACCGGCGACAAGGUCACGGCCAAGCACUAA